AUGUGGGAUGUCAUCUGGACAGAUCCUGAUAAAGAACUGGUGGGAGAACACAGAGCUCGCAAGGAGAGGAAAGAAACGCCUCAAAAAGAGCCCAAGAGCCAGCCGAGACGACGCUCGGCAUCCACAGCCAGCUCGCGCUGGUCUACAGACUCCCCGUUUGCCAUCUUUCGUAAUAGGGGCGCAAAGAAGGCAAACACAGCGUCAUCGAAUGCGCACACAAUGUCGCCGACGUCGUCAGGGCUCGAGUCACCGGCCUUGCUGUCCCCCGACCGCUCGCCCAUAGCAAAGAUGUUUGACCAAGGGAGUCGCCGAAAUUCCAGCCGCAUAUCCACCAGCUUCCUCGACCGACUUGCCAGCAUCGACAGUCCCCUGAACACCAGCCCGCUGAUUCCGGACAAGAGUCUUGAUGGUCGAGCAAGGGUGCCUCUGCAUCUCGCGAGUGCCGAUUCACUGGUGCCGGUUGCGCGCGUCUCGAAUGCCGGCUCUGCGUGUGAUGACCUGACAGAGUCCGAGAAGAUGAAGAGUCUGAUGCAGAUAUUCGGGCAAAGCCCGCAGACGGCCAAACCAGCUGCCGGCGACUGCCAGAUUCCGUCAAACAAGGCCGCCGUCGCUCCUGACGCUUCUGUCGAUACGCCUCUGCCACCGCCUUUGCCAGCUGAUAAGCCCUCUUCCUCGCAUUCCUCAACGUCAAGAUCGUCACCAACGGCCAGACCGCCGUCCAGCGCUCCAGCAGCUCCCAUACUCUCCAUCAACUCUCUCCAGAUGGCGCAAGUCAAUACCGAGGUGCCCAUCACGCCUAACAAUCCCGAGGCAUGGAAGCCUCUAGACGACUGGGAGCCACGCCCUCUGCUGGAGGAAUCACCCGAGCCAACGUUUGAGUCGGGUGAUCCCAACCAGCUACCCACGGAUGGCAUCGGCAUCAACAAGAACUUUUGCUGGCUCCGCGCUACAGUCGUCGAGAUGGCAGAGACGAGUGUGCCCGAGAUACUCUCCCGGCUGGAGACAGUAUGGAAGGGCGUUGCAAAGAAAGACGUCCCUUUCCUCCUGGGAGACAGCCCCGAGGUCGAGGAGUUACGGAGGUGGAUGCUCUCCACCAUGAUUCACAUGGACAAAGUUCCAACACGAGAUGCGCAAUGGCUGCCUCGUAGGAUAUCUCCCCUGACGGCUCGCAUGACCAUCAGCCUCUACGACUCAGCAGCCACUGUCGCUUACCUGGCUGCUCUUGAACCCACGAAGCAGAUAUAUCACGUAUCACAGCUCUCCACACCACGAGACGAGCUGUUUGCCAAUGUGCGGGUGAUUUCAGUCUCCCAAGUCUCACCUACAGACUUUCCAGUAGCGCCUCGCAUAUACGAAUCGGUUCACUCGCUGACGCUGCCGUCUCUGUGUCCUUCUGCGCAGCUCCCUGGGAUACUCGGCAACGUCUACAAGUGUCUCAAGAAGAAGGGGUUCCUGAGGUUGGUGAUUAUCGACCCACUUCCUCGCACGGGCACCAUGGGUAGGAACAUGAAGGGCUGGAUCGAGGAACACCUUCUCCGGAACCUGGCGAAGCAGGGCAAAUGCCUGAGUCCCAGCACAGCUUUUCCGCCUUUGCUGGCUGAGGCUCGUCUGCGCGGAGACGGAAGCACUCUCACGACGACAAAGUUUUACGCCGUGCCCGAGAGCGCAACCGAGUACUUGGAUAAGGUCAAGGAUGCGAUACAGGCAGAGAACGAGGACAAAGCCCAGGUUAGGAGUCUGAUUGGGCGGAUGCUCUGGGUCGAAGCAUGGGGCCCGCAUGUCACUGGUAACAGAUGGUGGUGGGAUGACCCGGCCUGCGUGGCUGAGUGUCUUGAGAUGGGCACGUUUUGGGAAUACCACACUGUCAAAGGGGUCAAGGAAGUGGAUGAAGCCACCAAGGCAGCAUGA